CUUCCUCAAACAGAAUAAAUAUUUAAUGUUUACAUCGCGAAACGUAAUGCAUCCAGUUUCACUUUCGGUUUGGUUGGUUUUGUAAACACCGUAAUUUCAUCUUAAAAAUUGGAUGAUAGGGUGAUUAAAUACUAAUGGAAAAGUAAAUCACUUGGAAAAUUGGUCAAAAUGCAACACAAAUGAACGUUAAUAGUGCUAUUAAUAUCAAAGUUUCGGUAAAAAGUUUGGCGCUAGUUCAACGCGCAUCGUAUACAGCCUCAUAACAAUAGACUGACAACCUUUUGGGUAGUAAAGUAGUAAUACAAGGCAAUAUGGCGACCGUUAGCCACGAGGCCUAUCUUACGGAGGAAUCCGAGAUAGCCGAUGUAUCACGAUUGCCAAAUUGUAUUACGACUUUUGCGUCUACCUUGGGAAAUCCCUUUCUAUUUGUAUUUCGCGCUUCGUGUCACGUGAUUCAGACAAAAACAGAGAAAAUGGCGGAGGCUUCGAAAUCUACAAUGAGCGAACCAGCCAAAACAGAGGGAGAUAUGAGAAGAAGUAAACGUGUGAGACAGCCAUCUAAGAGAAUGUUGUUGUAUUCUCAGGACACAGAUUCAGAUUCAAGUCUUCAGAAGGGUAAAGGAAAACGUCCUGCCAGAAAGAUCCAGAAAGUUGAGACAUUUGCAACAACAACUAAGGGGACACUGGAAUACCAUAGCACAUCUGACGAUGAACCUGUACUGGCUUUUGUUCCUACAAGUUCUGAUGAGUCUGAAGGAGAACCACUCAGUGAGAGAGAGGAUGAUUUAAGAACCAAACAAAAGGGAAGGAAAAGAGGAAGUAAGAAAGUAAAAGGGCGCUGUUAUGACCAUGACGAACAAGAAAGAAUUAUUGAAUAUAGAAAAGAACAAGAACGAAAAUCUAAGGUUUGUUUUUCGUGUUUGUUGAAAAUAUAGACAGAAGAAUUCUAGUUUAAAGCUUAUGACAGAUUA